UUAAUCUUAUGUUUUGUACUUCUCACAGUACGGUUAUAUUCACUUGCAGCACUCCGAUGUGGUUAUUUUAAUCUCGAUGUUGGAGCACAUGAAGCCAUCGCCAGAAUUCUCCAACCGUUGAACCGUUAAAAAAUGGCGCCCUCCACCAAAGUUUAGUAGACGCUAGUGGAACUUCCGGCAACAUUCUAAACACGCUUAACUGAACCAACUCAACACAGUCUGCCUUCGUUUAGCUUUAAUCAAAAUAAUUCCAAAUAUUUUGUGUUAAUUUUUAUUUAAAUUUUCAAACAAAACGUAUCUUGAGAAAAAUGUUUGACUCGCGUGAUUCGCAUGGAACUACCCUACGUAGACCAACCUUGGGCGGAUUUGUUUACAAAAGUGGCAGAUUCUGUGGGGCAGAAUAAGGACGCCGAAAGCUAUUGUACCGACCAGAACAACAAUUGUAGCUACGUUCGAUCUAAUCAAGUUGAUAUGUUUGAACGUUAUCUAUCUGCGCUUCAAUAUCCUCGCGUAGGACAGCUAAACAUCGAUGAUCCGAAGGAUUUUCGAAGCUUCGUACUGUGGCUGGAGGAUCAGAAGAUACGCUUUCUGCCCAUCGACGGUCGGGAUCCAUUGAGGAAAAUUAAUUCACCCGAGGAAUGGAAUCGAGCGUACGAAAAGUACAAGAAAGACAUACGACUGCCACAGCAUCUCAAAUCCAAGCAGGAAGAAAUAACGUGGCUGCUGCUGUAUGCAAUCCGGCUCGAGUACACUGAUAAUGCGGAACAGUACCGUCCAUUAACGGGAGCGAAAAAAGUGCAAGAGGAAGCGAGAAAAACAAGUGUUCCGGAAGUGUUAUCCGCCAAUCCGUUCGAUAAUUUUGACUUUACCAGUGCUGAUUUUGAGGAUGGAUCGUGGAAGCUGGCCGAACGGCUGGGAAUCGCUUACCAUCCGGAUCAUCUGUUGUCACUGCAGGCAGCUGCAAAAGUUAUCAGCAGUGCGUACAACAAGGAAGCCCUGAAGGAACGUGUCAUCACGGGCCAACCGUUCCCGAUCGAGCAGGGCAGCGGAAUGGGACUGGAAACGGACCAAGAUUUAGGACAGUGCGCAAGGAUAUUGCGUUUGCUGCAGAUUCAAAACAUCCGUAAACUACAAACAACCAUCAACGAAACGAUUGUGGCGGUGCAGAAUGUGACGGCGGAUCCACGAACGGAUACCAGCUUGGGGAAGGUGGGAAUGAAAUAAUUGUAGCCGAAUUUUUAACAACCAAUCGAUAUGUGUGAGGGAACUUUUUAUUUUACGAACAGUAAACUCGAACUACUUCUGCGUUCUAUCGCCAAAAGGGUAAACGUCUAGCAAG